AUCCUCGAGGGGGCGCCGGGCCGCAGGGUAAAGGGCGCGGGGAGGGCGGGGCCCGCAGGAGGAAGCGCAGUGGUCGGCGAGGACGGGGAGGGCCCGCGCAGGGCGGAGGACGCCGCGGCUCGUCAACAACUUUUAAUGAGCUCCCCUGGCGUCCCAGCCCGGGCCUAGGCACUGCGAGGGUCACGGAAAGAGACCCUGUCCUGUGCUCCAGGUGUUUACCGUCCCGGCGGGGAGGCAAAACAACAGCCAGGAGCGGCUAAAACUGAACGCGGCAAACGCCGCAGCUCCAGAGCAGCUGUAAGCCCCGCUGUCAUCCACGCUGCGUAGCCGCCUCGCCGGUGUGUUAGGGAAUUCCAAGCACACAUGGAAGGUCGUGACCUCCUAGGAACUGGUCCCGGGGCUGGUGACGAAGGCCCAGAGAAAGCAGGGCAGGGACAGGGCAUGAAGCUGCCAGAGCCCUGCCCACACUGACCUGCCCGAUGGGACACAGAAGGCGGAGUGGGGGAUUAGACGCCUCAGCCCAUCACGUGCUGCCUGACACCUGCCACGGCCGCCUCGUAGCCAGGAGUCCCAGACCUCCUGGUGCCGGCGCCGGGUGCCGGGUGACCGGCUCUGUGGGGGAACGCUAGGCCUCCUCCUCGCAGUCUUGGAAGGCCCCAAGUUGGCAGCCAGGAUGUCCAUGCAGGGCGUCCACCUCCUGAAGCCCGAGGCCCCAUGCCUGUCGUCUGGGAUCCCCGAGUCCCCAGGCUGCCAGCGGCGCCACACGCUCCCUGCCAGCGAGUUUCGCUGUCUCACCCCAGAGGACGCCGUCAGUGUGUUUGAGAUCGAGCGUGAAGCCUUCAUCUCUGUCUCGGGCACCUGCCCCCUGUACCUGGAUGAGAUCCGGCACUUCCUGACGCUGUGUCCAGAGCUGUCCCUGGGCUGGUUUGAGGAGGGCUGCCUUGCAGCCUUCAUCAUCGGCUCGCUCUGGGACCAGGAGAGGCUCUCUCAGGAGUCGCUGACGCUGCACAGGCCCGGGGGCCGCACAGCCCACCUGCACGUACUGGCUGUGCACCGCACCUUCCGACAGCAGGGCAAGGGCCCCAUCCUGCUCUGGCGCUACCUGCAGCACCUGGGCGGCCAGCCAGCCGUGCGCCGCGCCACGCUCAUGUGUGAGGACGCGCUGGUGCCCUUCUACGAGAGGUUCGGCUUCCACGCCGUGGGCCCGUGCGCUGUCACCGUGGGCUCGCUCACCUUCACGGAGCUCCAGUGUGCCCUGCGGGGCCACGCCUUCCUGCGUAGGAACAGCGGCUGCUGAACAGGAGGCCCCCCUGGGGUCCCCUCCUCGGCCCUGGGCUCACAGUGGAGAAGGGAUGGGCAAAUAAAGAGAGCCGGCUUCUUCCAGCCCGGCUGCUCCAACUGUGGAGUGGUGCGUCCUCUGUGAUCCACCUGGCCCUCCCGUGUUCCAGCCAAACUCCGCACUGUCUCAGGGAGCCCCUUUCAGCUCCCAGCCCUGAAUUGGGGGGCAGCUGGGAGCAGGAUGGGGGGAGACGAGGCCGUAGGAGGGUGGCAGCCUUGGGGCAGGGAAGGCAGUGCAGGGGUCCGCCCACUGCUCACCCAGCAGGCACCCGUGUGCCCACCUGUCUCCCCAGGCAGGCCCUGCCCUCCCCCACCCCCACCCAUGCUUCUGCCCACAAUACAGACCUUCAUACCCCACGGCCUCCCUGGUGCCCCUCAGUGCAGUGUGGAGGGUCGUGGUGAGGCCCAGGAGCAAUGAGACACGUCCCCUGCUAAAGUGACGAAGGCUGAACCUUCUCCCAGCACCAGCUCUGGGUGGGCCACUCCCCACCGCCCCCUCACUGCCCAGAACAAAGGCAGAGCAGGCAGGGAUGGGGUCGCAGGAUUCAACCACCCUCUUAGGGACCCGAGGUCUGCCGACAGGCUACGCAAGCUCUCGGGGUCAGAAACGACACACUCUUCCCUAGACAGCCCCAUUUAAUACAGAUGAGACGUCACCCACAUGAGUUAGCGUUCCUUUGAGAAACUGAGAACAAUAUAAACCGGUACAGAUCUGG